AUGGACGACGCCACUAUUCAGGAGCUGAAAGAAAAGUCUCGUAAGCUUCAGAACGAGAAUGAGGAUGCUAUUAUUAACCAAUUAGCGCGACACAUCAUUCCCGCUAUAGCCAAGCUCCCCGACCAAAGACUGGAGAUGAAUAGCAAACAAACGUGGUUUGAUUCUGUCCCUAUCCCGCUCAAUGCGUCUGUUCUUACCACGCCGCUACCCUUACCCUUACCAAAACCGGAUCUCGCUUUUGGAUACUCUGCAAGGGCCUUUACCCCCAACCAACUAGGGGCAAUUGAUCUACUUAUCGACGAUCAAUCCGGCAAAAGCUAUGCCGUUCCAGAUCAGAUGGUUCACUUUCCAUUUUUACAGAUCGAGUUCAAGUCGCAGGCCAAGAAUGGAACUCACUAUAUCGCAACGAAUCAAGCUGCUGGUACCGGAGCCAUUGCGCUCAACGGCUAUAUAGACCUCAUACAGCGCAGCUAUGGACUAGAAAAUUUCGACUAUGAAGUACCACUAGAACCACUAUAUUUCUCGAUCAGCAUGGACCAUGAGCUGGCCCGAAUUAACGUACACUGGCUGAAAGCGCCGGCUGAAGGAGGACAACACAGUUUUCACGUUGAGGGACUGUCACAGCAUCUUCUACGAGAUCCGAACGGCAUCCGAGCACUUUCUCAAGCAAUUAAGAACACUCUCGACAGCGGUGCUGGCGCCCGACUGCAAGCACUCUGCAAGGCACUGGAUGUAUACCGCGAGACGGUCGUUCGCAAUAGAAACGCAGCAAAUGUGCAGAGGGAACAAUAA